AUGAUUAAACAAUAUUGGUUGGAAUAUUAGCAAUUUACAAUAGGGUUUUCUUAGAUCAUACUUUCUCGAGACUACAAGUAUUUAUGGAUUUUCGUUGAAGUAGUAGGUCAUUUUCAAAGAUUGGCAUUAUUGUUUAUGUUCAAAGUUAUAAUUGAAAUCCUUCAAGUAAGACUUUAGAAUAAGAAAAUUGAAACAACGGAGUAUUAUUCAUUAUUUGAAUUGAUUUCUAAAUUGUGCGUUCCCUCAAUUUUAAUUCUUGAGAGUGUGCCUAAUUCAGGAAUAAUUGGGUUUUAAUUGGUGGCAAUCCUAAUCCUAUUUACACCUGUCUGUGCGAAUGUGAUUGCCAUGCAUAAGUAAUACUACGAGUAUAGUACAAUAAAGCAUCGUUCAUCAAUUGAUGAGCAGAAUAAUUUGAAUUACAAUCUAACCUUGUUGAAUAGAUCCUAUAACAUGCACAAUUACAUUGAGUAUUUUAUGUAAAAGCAAUUGAUGGGCAAUGAGUAAACCUCAUUCCAGCAACUAGAGAAAUUUGCAACAGCUACCAUGUUGAAUGUGUUUCCACAUAUUUUUAUUAUUCCUCUGAUGCUUUGGAACUUUAUGAUUUGGGUGAUUAUUUUUGGAGAUGAUAGCUUAAGUUACACUAUAUAAGGAUUGAUGACAUUUUUCAAUGUACUCACUAACAUAGGAUGCCUAUUAGCUUGGAAUGUCUCAAUGCGUGUAUAAAAGACUUACACCAUACGAGAUCACAAUCAUUUGCGAUUAGUUCAGUCCUUCUGGUUUAUUCUUCAAUAAUUCAUAGUAGUUAUACCAAUACUUAUCUAAUGGUUUUAUGUGUUGAUCUAUUUUGAUGUCAAUUUUGAUCGAACUUCAACUCACUACUAUUUAAACAAUAGCGUAGUACUUAUCUUACAAGUUGGGUAAUUGAUUGAAUUCUUCAUUUGUCAUCCUUAUAUGCAAGAUUACAAAACUUAAACAAUCCUAAUAGUAUUACCAUUUACUAUUUCGGUCAUAAUCUCUUUGUUUUUUCAGCAUACUCAAAUUCAGGUAAUUUCAAUUGCCUUGAUCACAGUGCCCCUAUCAUCGAGAUUGCUGAAUGAAAUCAAAGACUAUCUGAAUGAAGAGAUACUCUAUAAUUCGCAAUACAAAGAAAAAUCUAAAUCAACCACUCGGAUUUAAUCAAGAACUGGUCUACUGAUGGAAGAAGAAGAGCAAUUUGUGAUUGAAAAGGAAAUUAAUAAAUAAAAGCAAACCUAGAUUGAAUACUUGCAGAGCAUGAAUACGAAAUACUUUAUCCAUUAUUUGAGACUUGUGGAUUUGAUGAAACUUGAGGAUCAGUAGUCCAUUGAGAAGGAUGCUUCAGUCAUCAAUAUUAAUAGAUCGAAGUUUAUUCUGAACAUAAUUGUCCUGUUGAAGUAGCACAUCAAUCAAUGUGAGAAUGUCUACUGUUAUUGCAAAGGGUUUAGAGGGGAAAAACGAAAAAUAAUUGAAAAUAAUUAUCAAAGUGUAGAAAUGAGGAUCUAUUAUCACAUCAAAAUAUAGAACCUCUCGAUUCAGGUUGAAUUAAUUAAAAGGUACAUUAGACAUUAUGCGAAGUUGAUUUUUGAACUAGAAAAAGAGAAAGAAGACUACGAUAUAAUAAGAAUCACUCAAUUACUUACAUACUUGAGCAGUUCUGAAGAAUGCUAUUAGGCAUUACUAUUGAUUAUGGAAGUGAAGGAGAAGAUUAAAAACAAGAAUCGUAUCACCUCUUCUGUUGCGAUAGCUGUGCUUCUGAGUUAUGCGAAACAUCAGAUUCUUCUCAAAAUGAACCCUUAGGUUAAGAUUGAAGAGGUUGAGGCUGCUUUGUAAUACAAGGAUUACAGAGUUACUGAAGUGAGAAGAGAUAAGUUGAUCUCGAAUAUGUUUCAAAAUGUCCAAAAAAAGUACGAGUUCAUUCGAUAAUUGGUGGAUAACAAAUUUAAUUAUGAAACCUUGUAUCAGUAAGUAAAUGACAUGGUGAAUUACAAUUUAGAAGUGAUAAGUAAGAUUGAAUAAUUCAAUGAGUUCUCCUAAUCAAGAUCUUCAUUGUUGAUAUACAUGUUCUAUUGCUUAGAGAUUGUUAAUGAUUUUGAUAAGUUUAUACGUUUAAGGAAUCAGUUGAAAACCAAAAAUUUUAAGUUUUUUGAAUUCAGUGGUUCUCACAGUCAAAAAGUCUGUUAUCUAAAAAUUAAUUUGGCCAGACAUGCAAAAAAAGGGAAAAUCUCAAGAGGAGAGAUCAUUCAAUACUCGAAUAAUGCUCCUCAUAUGUUUGGUUACGGACAGAGGGAGUUUUAGGAAGAAAUCCUUACUGUUCACCAAUUGGUAGCACCUCAUUUAUCAGAUAUCCAUGAUUAAUUAAUGGAAAUCUUCCUCUUGACUAAUAGGCCAUUGAUUUUGAGGAAGAAGAGAGGACUUUUGGCUUAAAAGAAAAAUAAGGAUCUAUUAUUUGUUGAGAUGUUCAUUGAUGUUUGUUUUAAUAUUACUGGAGAUUUAUUUCCAAUUUAUAGUUUCAUCAAGCAAAUACAAUCUGAUGGUGCCUAUGAAAAUAUCAAGGGUCACAUAUAUUUGAAUCAUGAAUUAAGAAUAGAAGGAAUCACAACGAUGGCAUUGGAACAAUUUAAAUUGAAAGAGGGCAAAUACUUAAACAAGAUGAAAUUGAGUCACCUUAUCUAGAACCCUAAGAAAUACUAAGAACUCUUAAAGGAAAAGGAAUAGAAGUUUUUUGAUUUGGAAUAAUACAAAUUAGAAUAGAAUAGUUGUUCUUAAUUAUUAAAUUGUUCUGAAACCGAAUAAUUGUUAAACCAUUUUUCAAUUACAGCUGAAGAUAUUUUAUUCAGAAUUCCUAAGGAAAAUGGAGUUCCAGAUAUUUUCUGUGUCACUUGUAGAUUUAUCAUGACAUUAACGAAUAUAAAUGGAAAAGAACACAAAUCGUUUACAGUAGAAUUUUAGAAAAUCACUUUUGCUGACAAUAUGAGUUAAAUUUGGAUAGAUUCUUCUAGAAAUCUAUAAUCAAGAUCCAGAACAGAUACUAAUUUAGAAAUUUCACAAAAUCAUGAACCCUUAGAGUCUGAAAAAUUAAAAUCAUAAUCCUAAUUCUCAGAUAGUGAACAAAGAUGUGAGUUUUCAAAUAUUUCAGAAAAACAAGAAAAUUAAUCAAUUCAUUUCGAGGGGUAUCAAUUUCAGAUUGGACAUCAAAUUUAAAGUCCUUUUGAUUCUUAAAGGGAUCUAUUGUCUUUAAUGAGCAAUCCCAACAAUAUUUAACCAUUCGAUUAACAAAUCAUAAGUGUUUAAAUAGAUGGGUAGAGCUUGUAAUAGUUUAGAUUGGAAAAUAAAAUUGAGGAAAAAUCAAAGCUUAGGGUCAAAUAUCAAUAAUCCUAUUAUCAUAAGAAAAUAUCAAGGAAAUCUUUUGAAAUAGAUAAUCAAUCAGAGAAUAAUCAAAUUGAAAAAUAAUAAGAAUAAGAAAUCAAACUCACUUAAACACCUACGACUCAAAACAAUACUAUACCUUCUAUGUUAUAAAAAACACAUCUAUACAGUAAGUUUUCAUCAUCUGAUAAUAAUCCUAGAUUAAUUAAUUUGAUAUUUUUGUUAGAUAUUCUAAAUCUAUCAUUACUAUUAAGUUUGGCAUUCAUCUUUUAUUUUAAUUUCAAAUUUAAAUUAGAAGACAAUAUGAAAAUUGUAGACAUAUUAAGAGCAUUCGUAACUACAGAUUACACUAAAAAUACUUUAAUGGCUUUGGGGAUUGAUAUAGACAAAAAUGAUUAUGAUUUUUAAGUCAAAUCCUAAUAUCAAAGUAAACUGCUUGAACAACUUUAAGAGAAUUGUAGAAAUUACUUAACUCAUUAUCAACAAUAUUUGGAUGAUAGUCUAGUCAAAACAACACUCUCAGAAAUUUAUAUAAAUCAAUUUGACUAUUAUAGUGGAAAAGAAUAACAAGUAAGUGCUUGGACUGAAUAAUUUUAUGUUAUCUACAUGUAAUAAGGACUUUAUGGAAUCGAUCUAACAAAUGCAACAACUGUAGAAUAGUAUAACAAUUCACUCGGCUCUUUGAUCAGUUAAUAUUCUGUUCACAAAGAAGCAUAUGAAGAAUUAACACUUAAAUUCUAAUAAUAGUUAGACAGCAAUGUUUCAGACCUUGAAACCUAGCAAGAUAUUUGUUUAAUCAUCUUUUUAGUAAAUGAAGUAAUUCUUAUAAUUGGAUAUUCUUUUGUAUUUCACCAAUUGUUUAGACUACUCAAUCGAAUUCUUCGGAGUUGUGAGCAAAUUUCGUUCAAAGCCUUAGAGACGGAAUCAAUUAGAUUAUUAUCUCUACAACAUCGGUAUCAAUAACCUUCUGAUCUUAAUUUGUACAAGUAUCAAUUCUAAUUCAAGGAUAAAUGCAAUAUAAACACUAAUUUUAAUGAUAUGUUUACAAACAAACGAAUAUCAAUGAGAUUCCAAUAGAUUGUAUAGUAAUAGGAGCAAAAGAAAUAAUUCAUAAUAUCAGAUGAAAAACCAUACCUUUAGAGAUUGUUCUUUUUAAUUGAAACAACAACUUUGCUGAUUGGAUUGGCAUACUUUUUGAUUGUAAAGGUGUUCAACUCUUCAAAUAUCACUGAUCUCAAAAAUAAUCUGGAUAUAUUUAAUGAAAAUAUUCUGUACACAGAAUAAUUCUACCAGAUGAUGAUGACAGAUCAAAUUCUAUAAAAAUAUGCUAAGUCUCAUUCGAACCUUGCAAUUGGAAACAUGAUUAUAUCAUAAUAUCAGACUUUGAUUAAAGAGUCCUACACUCAAGUUGUAUAUAUUAGUUCAAUGAUAACAUCAGAAGCAAAUGCAAAAUAUUUUGAUUUACUGCAAUACUUGACUAAUGACUCCUGCGUCUUAAUCGAUGAUCCCCUUUGUACCACUGUGAUUGAUGGAAAGUUAACAGAAGGGUUGAUUUAUUCAACAAAUUAUUUCGCGGACAAAGUCAGUGAAAAUAUCCAAAAUAACUAUGAGUAAGGAAAGCUAAUAGAAUUAAGUGAAUUAGAUUUGAUUGGAUUGAAUUUUGUAAGUGAAGCCUUUGAUAAUAUAAUGGAUUAGGGAUAGAUAAAUUUAAUUAAUACACUUGAAACAGAGAUCGAUUUAAGAACAGUCCUGUUUUCUGUUUUUAUUUCAAUAUUUGUUGUUUAAUAGAUUUUAACUUCAUUUUUAUUAUAUCGAUUUUUCAGAAAUCGUUUCUAUAAAAUCAGAUAAUUACCAUAUGUUUUACCACCUUAGUCAGUCUAUGGAGAAGAUAGUUUUCUCAAAACCUUGGUGUAUGUUCAAAAGAUAUAUGACAAUCUCUUAUAAUGA